CCCGCUCUCUCAAAUCCAUUAUCUUCAUCUCUGUCCCUCCCUCUCUCUUUCUCUCUCUACUGUGUGUAUAUAUAGAUAUGUGCAACUAAGGUGAUUGAUCUCUGCAGAUUUUUACAAGUUUAAAAAUGGGAAUAUUAUCGUUGAUAUCAGGAAGGCCAGGAUCCAGUGGAUUCGGAUCGUCCUCCACUGCAGAACACGUUUCUGCUUCGAUCGAUGCUUCCGAUCUCACUCUUAUCAUUACAGGAGGAGCAAGUGGAAUUGGGUUAGAAACAGCAAGGGUAUUAGCAUUGAGGGGUGCUCAUGUGAUUAUAGCAGCAAGAAACAUGAAGGCUGCAAAUGAAGCCAAACAACUCAUGCUUACACAGAAUGAGAAUGCUAAGAUUGAUGUUCUUGAGCUUGAUCUUUCAUCUCUCAACUCAAUUAAGGCCUUUGCUGAUAGCUUCAAAGCUCUUAAUCUUCCCCUAAACCUCUUGAUAAACAAUGCCGGUGUAAUGUUCUGCCCUUUCCAACUCUCACAAGAUGGGAUAGAGAUGCAAUUCGCGACAAAUCAUCUAGGUCACUUUUACUUGACAAAUCUGCUACUAGACAAGAUGAAGGAAACUGCUACAGAUACUGGAAUUGAGGGUAGAAUUGUAAACUUGUCAUCUGUAGCACAUCUCUACACUUAUGAAUACGGGAUCGGAUUUGAUAAAAUCAAUGAUAAAGAUGGUUACUCAGACAAAAAGGCAUAUGGCCAGUCCAAGUUAGCGAACAUAUUGCAUGCAAAUGAGCUCUCUCGACGCUUAAAGGAAGAAGGGGCAAAUAUUACAGUGAACUCGGUACACCCAGGGUUAAUAAUGACGGAUCUCAUGAGGCAUUCUUUCCAGCUUAUGAGAUUUCUGAAGCUGUUUACUUAUCUCCUAUGGAAAAAUGUCCAACAGGGUGCAGCAACAACAUGCUAUGUGGCAUUGCACCCAAAGCUGAAAGGGGUGAGUGGGAAAUACUUUGUGGACUGCAAUGAAUAUCCAGCAAGCAACUUUGCAACUGAUCCUGAGUUGGCCAAGAAGCUCUGGGAUUACAGCAACAACCUGGUCAACUCUCUUCAGCACUCUUAAUUUCCCUUUUAAAACUUUUUUCUUGUAAUGCACACAUGUACUUCAUAAAUUCUUACGGUUCGGUUUUAUGUUUUACUUUAAAUUUAUUUUAGUUGUCAACCUGUCUCAAAUCAAAGGGCCAUAGACAAAUGACGUUACCAUCUUGUUAAAUAUACUCGUGUUAUAUCCUGGUACUGAACUUGUUCGUUGAGGUCAGUCCAGUUUUCGGUUCCAUUUUUU